AACAGCAACACAGAUCGAGUAAACCGAAUUACACAGUUUGACGGUUGUAAACAGUUUUAAUGUUACCGACUGAAAAAAGAUGACAGAGUUGCAUCAGGCAGCAGCUGCUGGAGAUUAUGAUCUAGUGGAACAAAUUGUGAAAAAAAAUUCGUGUGACCCUAAUCAGAAAGACUUAGACUGGAACAAGAAGACCCCGCUGCACUGGGCAGCAUCCAAAGGCCAAACAGAAGUGGUUCGGAUACUGAUUGAAAAUGGAGCAAGGGCUUGUUUGAGGACGGACAAUGGAUGGACGGCUGCACAUUUUGCAGCGGAGUCUGGAAAACUAGCAGUACUACGACUCCUUCAUUCCCUCCAUGCACCUGUAGACAAGGAGGAUUCCUCUGGCGAUAAACCUGUCAGGAUUGCUGAAAUCUAUGGACAUGAAGAUUGUGUUCGUUUUCUUGAAAAGGCCGAGGCUGAGAGCAGAAACUACAGGCAAAAGGCAAAGUUAAAUGGGCUGCCCUUAGAUGACACUGAUGAAGAAUGGGAACAAGAAAGAAAAGAAGCCAAAAAUACAAGACAUUAAAAAAAGAUCCACUGGUGAGCAAGUGAUGCAAAAUGUCUCCAAAUCUGAUGAUGAAACAAGCUUAUCUACAUUCUGGAUGGCGUAAGGGUAAGUCAAUUUUCUCUAAAUAUUAAUUUUUGGGUGAACCCUUAUUUUAUUUCAUAAGAUAUCUUCAGUGUUUUCAAAGGA